CAGGAUCAAAUAGAGGACGACGAGCGAACGGCUAGUCAGACAGAAUCGGGCGAUUGAGUCGUCGCGCUUGUUUUGUAUAUUUACGUCAAGUUUUUUUUAAGUUAUAGUACCGCAUUUCGUUUGAGACAAAGAGCUAGCAAGCGUGAGGAGCCAACAUGUUGUUUCUGUGGGCGCUUGGUGUUGUUUUGUUUAGUUUUCAGCAGGCCUUUGCGGGGACAGCGGGCUUCAUAAAGUCCCCCAUGUCCCAGACAAAGCUGGUAGGUGACAGUGCAGUUAUGCACUGUGAAGUGAUAGGGAACCCCAUCCCAGAGAUACAGUGGUGGUUUAUAGAGGGGGAUGAGCCCAAUGAGACGGCCUCUCAGCUCUUUGAAGGAGCUCAGCAUGAUCGUGUGCGCAUCAACACCACCUACAUCCAACAUGGUGCCAGUACCCUGCUUCUCUUCAACCUCACUUUUGACGACACUGGUGUUUACGAGUGCCGCGCUUCCAAUGACCCAGACCGCAACGCCCUGAGGACACUGCCCAAAGUCAAGUGGAUCCGCUCACAGGCCAAUGUUAUUGUAUUUGAAAAGCCUGUGAUUUUGGUUAAUCCAAAAGAGGUGAACAACCAGACCUCUGCCACACUCAGCUGUAAUUUUACCAACCCUGCGUCUCCAGUCACAAGCCACUACUGGAAAAAAAAUGGCAAGACUAUUGAGAGCACCAAGAAGGAUGGAGCAGAGCUCUACACUGAGUACACCAUUUCGAAGAUUGAGACCAACUCUGGAAAAUAUUCAUGUCUCUUUGUGUCUGAGACACCAGCUGAAGCAGUUAUCGAAGUGAAAAGUUCUCCUCAUAUUUUGGCACACAAGCACUCUGAGAAUGCUAAUGAGAAUGACAAGGCAGUUCUGCUAUGUGAGUGCCACAGCUACCCUCUGAUCACUGACUGGUUUUGGGAGAAAACCGAUGAUUCUGGCGAGAAAAUGUCCAUCGUGAAUGGUACUGGGAGGUAUGUAAUCAAAAGCACACCAUACAAUUCCACACUGACCAUCGAGGACCUGAAUAACGAAGAUGCAGCUAUCUAUAUGUGCUUUGGGAUGAAUGAGCUGGGAAACGCAACCGAUAAGAUCCACCUACGUGUGCGUAGCCGUUUAGCUGCUCUCUGGCCAUUCCUUGGUAUUGUGGCCGAGGUCAUCAUCCUUGUCACCAUCAUUUUCAUCUACGAGAAGCGGAGAAAGCCUGAUGAGAUUACCGACGAUGAUGACUCAGGAUCAGCCCCUCUGAAGAGCAACUCCGCUGCAAACCACAAAGACAAGAAUGUGCGACAAAGGAACUCCAACUGAGAGAGAACUUGGGGAGUCCUGAUGACUACUAGUCAAGAUACAAGAAAAGCAUGAAGUUGCUGUGUGGCUUUUUAAGAUCGAAUAAUUGCUUUCUGCUUGAGUGUAAAAUGUCUUGAGAUAUUGAUUGCUUUGUUUUCAUUCUUUCCCAGUAUUUCCUCUCUGUAUUGUGCUGCCAGCAAACUUGUUCUUAAAAAGCGGGCUUUGGGUGGGGGGGUGGGUACAUGCAUGAUUAUUCUUGCUGUUGUAGUGAAACCUUUCAUGUGGGAAUGAACAAUUGAUGGAUUUUUUUCUGUCUGCUUGCUCUACUGUGCCACACAACUUUAGCUUGGACGCCAAACUAUUAGCAGUGUGAUCAGCUACAACCUGCCUCUGAAAUUAACUUGGACUCUGAUUGCUCCUGUGAAUUAGAAUUUUUUGGAUGGAUCUGCUUCAGCCAGUUUGAACCAUGUUUGAUAAUUUGAUACACUAGCUAUUAUAAUUGUACUAUAAAUAAACACACACACAUGUUUGUUUGGCAGGCUGGGAUAUGCAGAGGUUCAGUGUCCUCAGCUAUUCUUUAUGCUUUUUAGAUUUUGUUGGUAGAAUUUAUUUUUUUUUUUUUUUGGUGCGCUGUGCUUACUUUUUAGACAUGGAAAUAUUAUACUGUCUAACUAUUAUUGCAACAUACAACCAACCAGAUGUUGUUAUUGUAGUAUAUCCAAUUGCACUGUUAGUUAACUGCAGAAUGCCACUUUUCUUUGCUUAAUUCUUGUUUCAGACUAAUGUUUUUGUCCAAGAAACAAAUUUGUUUUAGGGAUAAUGCUUUUUAAUUAAGGGCAGUGUUUGUUUUUUUUUGUUUUUUUUUUGUUUUUUUUUUUUUUGUAUAAAACAGUAACCAUGCAUUGAAGAGGACCAAGCAUGAACAGUGCCAUUUACUACUUGGAUAAUAAUCUAGAAUCCACUACUAAUCCAGACUAAAGCUAAUUUUAGAUCUAUAAUUAUAGAAGCAAAUGUGCCAGAGUUGAAGUAUUUGUCCUCCCUAUAAGUGAUUCUAUAUAAAAAAAAAAUUUGACUGAUUUUAUGCCAUUUCUUUGAAAAGGAAUAUAAGAAUUUGAUCUGAUGUAAAUUAUUUUGCCUGACACACACAUGAAAUUUAAAAUGUCAGCUUUACUGACUCACACACUGAAUAAAGUUAUUUGGUUUGACUUUAA